AUGGCAUCUCCUCACAGGGACAGAGCUGGUACAGCAAGUCCUGCCUCGCGCACACCUCGCGCCGACCACACAUACGCCAGAAAGAGCCACAACUCGCCAUAUCGUCACAGUCCCCGUCGUUCUGAAACAUUGGUUGACGAGAUUGGUGCGCUCCACAUCCGCGAGGAACGUGCCUGGAGGCAAAGACAAGACGAAAGAGAUGCAGAACAAGAACGUCGACACCAACAAGCUCUUGCGCAAGCUGCUGCUGAGCACGAUCGCAUCCUGCGCAAUGCUAUCGAGGCCGCUGAGACUGAAGCACUGAAGCAGGAACGCGAGCGAAAGCAGAAGGAAGAGGAAGAGCGCCGUGUACUUGAAGCUGAGCGCUCAGCAAAAGCUGCCAGAGAAGCGGCCGAGAGGCAACGGAAAAAGGAGGAGCUCCAACGACAAGAACAGGAGCAGGAAAAACGCGCGGCCGAGGAAAGAGAGAUACAGGAGCAGGAAGCCCGCCUUGCACAACAAAAGCGACAGAAUGAAGCGGACGCUUUACGGAGGAAGCAAGAACAUGAGGCUUCAGAGCGCAAAGCAAAAGAAGAGGCUGAUGCUGCCGCCGCCGCCGCUGCCGCGAAGACUGCUGCUGCUCCGCCAGCCCAAGCAGCGCCAAACACUCAACAAUCUCAACCACAACCCUCGUUGACUCCUGUUACACAGCCCAGUACUGCACCUGCAGUGCAGCCCAUCUCCAAGCCCACAACUCAGAUAGCCGUACCGUCUUCUGCAUCCGUAGCACAAUCGGCACUCAAGUCUACACCGGCCCAGCUAGAAGCAGUGCACAAGCAGUAUCUCGAGAUCCACAAACGUCUGAAAAAGAUGAGGGAAACAGUCGACGAGCAAUCUCGAGCGCCCCAGUGGAGCAUUAGCGAUCAUCGCCGCAAAAUCAACACGGUGAUGGGCCAAUUUACCCCUGACAAGGUCAAAAAUAGAGCGGCACUCAAAAGAGUGCUUGAGACUCUCAACGACGCCCUGAAUAGUCGUCCCGAACCAACCAUCAAUGUGACUCCUUUCCUCGCCAACCCGCCAGACAAUUCGGAGAGACACAUGCCAUUGGCUCUUGUGUACUUGCUCAACCUAAUUUCCAAGUUGGUCAUCAAUCAAUUCUGCAGCGACAACAUAGCGACAAUCGAUGCUCUGGCAAUCGUGUUGGUCACCGUUUUUUCAAAGCCCGAGUAUCUUCACAAUGGCACCACUUCGCUGAUUGACAUCCUCCUGGCAAAAUACCAUGUGGUGUGCCCCGUGCUGUUCGGAAUAUAUGGCAAUGAGAAGACUAGUGAGGGAAGGAAAAGGAUAGGUUGGGACAGGGCCGAUGGUGAUCUUGAGAUUCACAAGAGCCGCAUGGCUGGCCUUGCUACAGGGUAUGGAUGUCUAUCAUUGCGAGACUUCAGCAAGUCGAAGUCGAACAACCCCUUUCCACCACCGAACUACUGGCGAGCAUUAAGUUAUUUCGCGAAUACCCCGCCGGCGCAUCUACAACCAACUCACUGGCUUGUCCUCAAAGGAUUGGUGGAUACACACGUCGAAAAAUUCUUGAAGUUCUAUGGACAGGCAGGUCUAGCGGCAUUGAGAAAGGUACUGGUGGAACUUCCCAGGGACGCACCUGAUAAUGCAGCCAAAGACGCAGUGGUAGUACUACCAGAACUGCUGCGUACGACUAGAUGCUUGACAUUAUGA